GGCUUUCUUCUUUCGGUGCAGGCAACCUUUCGGCAACCUCCACCAUGAGGCGUGUGAUGCUCCUGUGGGCUGUGAUGCUGCUGCCUUGCAGCUCCACCUUUCCAGUUCAGAAUCGGGCAUUGAAAAUCAAGGAUUCGAAAUUCAUUGAGGCUUACCUGAACAGGUUUUUCCCAGGCGUGAAAAAAUUACUGAAGCAUACCCUGGAAGAACAAAUCAAACAAAUGCAGGAAUUCUUUCACUUGAAGGUAACAGGAAAGAUUGACACAGAGACUAUGCAGGUAAUGGAUCAGCCCAGGUGUGGUGUGCCGGACGUCUUGGAGUAUCGUACUUUCGGAACUGAUGGAUGGAAUAAGAACUUACUGACUUACAGGAUUAAUAACUACACCCCCGAUAUGACUCGAACCCAGGUAGACGCAGCCAUAGCAAAGGCAUUUAAGGUGUGGAGUGAUGUAACCCCCCUGCAGUUCAUAAAAACAACAGGACCUGCUGAUAUUGAAAUUUAUUUUGCAUAUAAUGAGCAUGGUGACAACAUCCCUUUUGAUGGGAGGAGUGGAGUUCUGGCUCAUGCUUUUGCCCCUGGGCUAGGCCUUGGUGGAGAUGCCCACUUCGAUGAGGCCGAACGCUGGUCAGAAACCAACAGAGAAGUCAACCUGUUCCUUGUGGCUGCACAUGAAUUUGGCCAUUCUUUGGGGCUGGCUCAUUCGAAUGUCCGUGGCGCUUUGAUGUACCCUACCUAUUUCUACGUGGACCCAAAUAACUUCCGUCUCUCAGAUGACGACAGGGACGGAAUCCAGAGUUUAUAUGGUGAAAGAAAAUGAAUCCCCUCACAACAUGUUCCAGAAGAAACAAAAUGCCCACAUUUUGCUCUUACAUUUCUUUUU